UUUUUUUUUUCUUGGGAGAAAACAAAACGGUCCCCUUAAAAAUCCGAGCUUCUGUUUGAUAACUUUCUCUAUUCGUCUCCUCCGAAUUUUCUUGGUCUGGACGACAACAUCAGGGAUUUCGAUCGCACGACCUUUGGGUGCAUUCUCAACUGUGAUGAAUCAUCUUAUUAGUAGGUCUAGUCCAGAAGUGAAUUCACUCGAUCAUUUUUGGGGUAGCUGUGCUGUUGACCAGACCAUGGACAGUAGAGUUAGCACCCAACCUAAAUAUCAACUGAAGCAAAUGGGGUAUCAAGAGAAGAAAGCAGCAGUCGAGGGAGAGAUGAACAGAAUGAACCGACUUCCUGCGAACAGCUCUUAUGCUGUUCAUCGCAUACGGGUCCUCAAUAAAAUACUGCAACUUUUGUCCAUUCAGAGAACUGCAUCACAGGAUGAGGAGUUGGAGUUGCUUUUUUCUGGGCUGUCUCUGUGAACCAGCCUGUCUAGGCAGUGGAUGUCAGAUCUUGGAUUCCUCUAUUCCUGUUAAAAAAGUGGUCAGGCCGUGUGCGCAAUGUACAAGAGUGGUGCACAGCCGUACGCUGAUGUUUAGUGGUUGUCAAUAUGUUUUAUAUCUAUGCGGCUAUGCCUAUAAACUUGCUCUGUAUGAUGUGGAUCGAUGAUCUGUAUCUUUGAUGAUCAAUUUGGCCUGUUUGGAGGAUUGGCCGCGCAGCCACCUACCAACCCUUAUGUUAGAACUUUGGAGGGUUGGCCACCCCGUUUUCAGUUUUUUUUUUGUCGAAGUAUAUUUUUAAUUUUGCAUGAUAUCAUAUAUUAAUGGACUUUUGGACUACCCACAUUAAUUUA